AUGCUACACGAUGCAAUUGCUGAACGAUGUUUUUUUGUUGACGACGAUGAGGAGGAGGAGAGCGACGCGGUGACGCGUUUACAAAACGAUUGGAAAAACAUGCCAAUGCGCGCAGCUGAAACGCAGCGAGAGAAGGCACGGAGGAAGUUACAACGCGAGAUUUGCACAAUUGAUGGCGUUAACGGGGACUGCAUUUUGUCAGAAGGUAAAGGCGAUCGAAGUGCUGCUGAAGAAAGCAACGUUGUUAAAAUGAACAAAUUGAUCAAAGUGGUAUUCAAGAUGGUUGUUGUUACUGAACAGGACAAAGCAGUAGUUGCAAACGCAUUGGCUGGUGGUGCUAUCCUAACGGAGGUUGUCAGUAUGACUACUGGCAUUUCGGCUCGUGAAUCAAAAGCUAUUGCGAUUGAUCAUGUUAAGGGUAGUAAUGGUGCGAAGACCGACAGUGAAGAUAUUGACACGGAGCUUGCAGUAGAAGGCGAAAAGUUCCUGUGGCUUUCCAGCAUAACUUCAAAGAGAAAACGUAACAGGAAGAAUAUGACAGUACAAGCGAACAAAGAGCCGAAAGAAAGAGCGUUGGCUCGGCAAAAACGCUCUGAACACGUUCUGAUUAUUCAAAGGAAGAAAGCUGCCAAGUUUAUGUCAAAGGAUGUGCCGUAUCCUUUUUACCGCAAGACAAGAGUACGAGGCGGCGAUACGCAAUCGUCUGGGCAGCAUUUGGAGCGCUUCUUAGGUGACAAAUGUACUGACAGCUCUGAAUAUCAUGAAUUUGCAAGCAAAACCAUUGUUCCACUUUCGUUUUCCAAGAAAGAUUGCAAGUUAGCGAAGAAGGAACUUAAUUUGAUACAUAAAGCAUAA